AUAAAAGAUGAUGCUGCAGGUGGGGAAGUCACAGCUGAGGUCCUGUCCAAGUAAUCAGCGCAGCAUCAUGGGAAACUAUUUCGGCCCUCAGAAGAACACCAACAUCCGCGUCAGUCUGCCUGCAGUCUGCUUCGUCUGGCAGAUCGCUAUGGUCAUCCUGUUUGGGCUUUUCAUCCGAUACGACAAGGAGUCCGACGCACACUGGGUGGAGUACAAGAAGCACGAGAACCUCACGGACCUGGACAAUGACUUCUACUUCAGAUAUCCCAGCUUCCAGGAUGUCCAUGUCAUGAUCUUUGUUGGGUUUGGUUUCCUCAUGACCUUCUUGAAACGCCACAGCUUUGGAGGAGUGGGUUUCAACUUCCUGAUAGCCGCCUUCGGCCUGCAGUGGGCUCUCCUCAUGCAGGGCUGGUUCCACUCCCUCGAUCAAUCCACCGGAAAGAUCAACAUUGGGAUUGAAAACCUGAUCAACGCUGAUUUCUGCUGUGCGGGUUCUCUGAUCGCCUUUGGGGCCAUUCUGGGGAAAGUGAGCCCAGUCCAGCUGAUGGUUGUCACCUUGUUUGGAGUCACGCUGUUUGCUGUGGAAGAAUACGUCAUCCUCAACCUCCUUCAUUGCAGAGACGCUGGCGGCUCCAUGAUCAUUCACUGCUUUGGAGGCUACUAUGGUUUGGCCAUCUCCUGGGUGCUCUACCGACCAAACCUACAUCAAAGUAAACGCCUCCAAGGGUCCGUCUACCACUCAGAUGUGUUUGCAAUGAUUGGCACACUGUUCCUGUGGAUGUUCUGGCCCAGUUUCAACUCAGCCAUCACAAACCAUGGCGACGGGCAGCACAGGGCAGCCAUGAACACCUACAUCGCCCUCGCCUCCUCCGUUGUCACUGCUUAUGCCAUGUCCAGCUUGGCUCACAAGAAAGGAAAACUGGACAUGGUGCACAUCCAGAACGCCACUCUGGCUGGAGGUGUUGCCAUGGGAACAGCAGCAGAGUUCAUGGUCACGCCUUACGGCUCGCUAAUUGUAGGUUUCUUCAUGGGCAUCAUCUCCACUUUUGGCUACCUGUUCAUCACACCCUUUUUAGAGAAACGCCUGAAGCUCCAGGAUACGUGUGGUAUUCACAACCUGCACGCCAUACCAGGGUUGUUUGGAGGCUUCAUAGGAGCCAUCGUUGCUGCAACAGCUUCAGAAGAAGUCUACAGCGCAGAGGGGCUGAAAAACACAUUCGACUUUGAGGGGCGGUACGCCGGCAGAAGUGUGGGAACGCAGGGAGGCUAUCAGGCUGCUGGAACGUGCGUGGCGAUGGCGGUCGGACUGUUUGGAGGAGCCUUCGUUGGUUUCAUCCUGAAGCUCCCCAUCUGGGGUGAUGCUGCUGAUGACAACUGCUUCGAUGAUGAGGCUUACUGGGAGCUUCCUGAGGAGGAGGAGGAGGACAUCCUUCCUCCUGUUCUGGAGUACAACAACCACAUGAUACAAAAACAACAAGACAUAGCCGAGUCACACUUCACUGUGGAGGAAUGUUAG